GUCAUUUUCCGGCACGGUUUCACUGCGGACGGGCUAUGUCAAGCUUAUUGCGGUCUUCUAUCGCUACCCGUUCCUGCAGAACGUCAUCAAAUGCGCUCUGCCUGCGACGCAGCACGCUGCUUUUGGAGCGUAGCACACGGCGACGACACAGUCCAUCUGCUCUUCCGCCUCCCAUCAGCUUCGCUUUUGAUAUUGACGGUGUUUUGAUUAGAGGUGAAGAACCUAUACCUGCCGCGCGGAAGGCGCUCUCCAUUCUCGAUGGCGACAACGAAUGGGGAAUGAAGAUACCUUACAUUCUGCUGACGAAUGGCGGCGGAGUCGGCGAAGAGGAACGUUGUCGAAGGCUAAGCAAACAAUUGGGUGUCCAGAUACCUGUGGACCGGUACAUCCAGGCACAUACGAUCAUCCGAUCCAUUGCGAGCAAAUACGCAGAUCAUCCGGUGUUGGUAUUGGGUGGUCGGAAUGACGUCCUUCGCAAGGUGGCUGAGAACUAUGGCUUCAAGCACGUGUAUAACAGCCUCGACGUGCUUGCCUGGAAUCCGUCCGUGUGGCCGUUUCAUGACUUGACUCCAGAGGAGAAAGCUUCCAUAAAGGGAGCGGAUUUUUCGAAGUUGAAGAUAGCUGGGAUCUUCGUGUUCCAUGAUCCUAGAAACUGGGCCUUGGACGUGCAGGUGAUGUGCGACGUCAUUUUGUCGGGCGGAACCAUAGGCGCGGGACAUGCUACAUCGUCAAGUCCCGUUGAUGUCGUCUUCUGCAAUCCUGACUUGAUCUGGCGAUCUGACUUCCCAGUGCCUCGCUUUGGUCAGGGGGCGUUUCGCGAUGCUUUUCAGGCUGUCUAUAAGUCAAUGACCGGUAUGACGUGCAAUUAUACUCAAUAUGGGAAACCUACAGAAGCCACAUACACCUUCGCGGAGGCGGCAUUAAAGGAUCUACUCUUAGCGAGACAUGAAUCACGUCAACCUUCGGUGUACAUGGUAGGAGACAAUCCAGAGUCUGACAUAGCGGGGGCCAAUGCAGCAGGCUGGAAAUCCAUUCUUGUGCACACAGGGGUAUACGAUCCCCGUCAGGGUCAGCCUAAACACGUGCCAAACCACCAGGCCAAGGACGUGGCGGAAGCUGUGCAGUGGGCACUUGGACAAGAAAUGCGGGGCCAGAGAGCAUGACGUUGAAUAAAUACUUCUUUGCCAACCUAUGUUGAUCUACGACAAAAAAGGAGUUUAUU